CUUUCAACACUUCUCUUUUCAGCAAAGGCCCACUGCGCUUUAAAUCACGUGUCUAAAGACACUGUGUCACAGAGCAGAGUGCCAUGCAGAGCUUCAGUGUAUGACGGCGUCCCAGGCACAAGUAUCACUGCUGCUACAAGAUGAUCCUGCUGCUCGCUCUGCUUUCUGUUCUCUGCGGAGAACCAGGUCUGUGCCUGGAGGAGGAUGGAGGCUUCACCUUUGAUGGAGACAUCCGCCAAUUCGCUGUAACCUCCAACAGGCUUUAUAUCGCCACAGAGGAGAGGCUGUACCAGCUGAGCCAUGAUCUGACUCUGAUCAACAGUCUGACCCAGAGAGGAAUCUUAAAGACCGGAAACAAGCAGGAUGAUGUGCAGUUUUACCGGGUUUCUGACACAGCUGACUGGAACGAUACUUUCAGCAUCAACGUGUUGUUGCCUUUCACAAAGAAUGACUCUCUGAUCAGCUGCGGUGGGACUGGCGAUGACUGCGGUCACUGCGAGGUUCUGGACCUGAAGAACAUCUCCAAGCUUCUGUACAGAGAACACAUCCAGGUGGGACCUCUGAAGAGCAGCAGCAGGUCAGUCAGCUUUCUGGUGGAUGUGAAGACGAAAACAGAAAAUGACACGUAUAUUCUCACUGCGAUACAGAAGAAAGGGACGUUUGAAAAGAGGUGCCCUUCCGAUUCCGAAACUAUCAACCUUCAUAAUACAGAUAACAAACAGGGUGGAGGUAUAUUUUCUCUAACUGAUGGAGCUUCAGACACGCCUAGGAUCAAAAAUAAAGGUGAUGUGGAGUUUGCUGACGGGUUUCAGAUUAAAUCAACCAUCUAUCUGUUCUCCAACGUGCUAUCAGCUCAGACAAACAGAGUCCGCCUCAUUUGGCUCAAAGGCGAAAGAAGCAAAACUGAUACACUCAAGUCUCUGCGGGGCGCGACUCUCAGUGUCUCUGACGGUGAAAGCAGCAGACUCGUGGCCUCCUCGGUCAUCCCGGGGGAGCAGCCAGUGCUUUGGAGCGGCGUGUUCAGUGUGGAUGGAGGAGACACCAACACCGAGCUGAUGGUGUUUGACAUCAGCCCUGAUUACAGCAGAGCAGGGGACAGAGAUCCAGACUUCUACACCUCUGUGCCAUCAGAAGUGACGGUGACGAUCCUGAAACCAAAGGCAGUCCUCUUCAGGCACAGCUACAUGACCUCUGUGCUGGCAGUGAGGCAGAGAGGCUGGAUAGUUUUCUUCAUUGGGACAGGAGACGGGCAGCUCAUUAAGCGUUUUCAGUGGGAGAAAGGUUUCGUCACUCAGGCCGAUACUUUCUCAGCAAUGCAAAGCCCCCAGCAUCUAACAUCACCAUGGAGGAGAGGAAGGCACUCACAUCACUUGCUGUCUGUGGACAGGAAGUAUCACGCCGCCUGUCCCACGGUGCUCUACAGGACCAGUGAUGACCGCAAAGUGAUUCCCAAAUUACAUCUGGAUCCAGUGGAUCGUAAACAUGUGUAUGUGCCAUUUAGAAACCAGAUGAAGCGAGUUCCUGUGUCAAAGUGCAGCACAUACACAAAUGUGCAGGAGUGUUGGUCUGCACAGGAUCCAUACUGUGGUUGGUGUGGCUCUAAAAGCAGCUGCACAUUUGAAGAUGACUGCACAGAUUCAGACUGGCUGUCCAUUCCUGAUGAGUCCCAACACAAAAUGAUUUCUCACAAAGUUGAAAAGGACACAAAUGGACAGGUUUUACUAAAAAUGCACACACACCUGAUCGUGGGCCAAGAAGUGUCGUCUAACUUUAUCUGUCAGUUCGCUGCAAGGUCUGGCUCAAUUUGUGCUUCAAAUAACCCUCCUCCACAGUUCCCACAAUGCACCUGCAUCCUGUCUGAUCGUACACUUCCUGCUGAUGGUCUGCAUGUCACAGUGAAAUUUAGACUUGGUUCAACACAACUGUCAGAACAGCUGAGGUUGACCAACUGCUCUGACAUCAGUGGACCACCAAGUUCAGUCUUGUGUCAGCAGUGCGUCAAAGCUGGUUGUAGAUGGAACAUAAACAGAUGUUCCUGGGCCGAUCAAACAGAGAUCAAUGACAGUGUUUGCCAAAAUGUGCAGUCUGGGAAGAACUUCUCUAUCCCAGAGAUCUCCUCCAUCACUCCCAGUGUGGUGUCUUUCUACGGUAGAAACCACGCAGUGCUGUCAGGUCGUAACCUCGAUGAUGUGACUGCAGUGAGGAUCCAGGCAGAUACUGACUGUGCUCCAAAAGAAUCUCCUGUUUGGGACAACACUGGUUUCAGUCUGAUGUUCCACAUUCCCACUUCAGAUAUCAAAGGUGUGGUCAGGGUAUGUCUUCUCCUCCCAGAUGGUCGUUGCCAUGGCAAAGCUAAAAUCACCUACAGCUCAUUACCAUCAUGCACCAACAUUACUCCCAGCAGCAGCUGGAUCAAUGGGAAGAGGAAGAUCACACUCAUGGGGUCUCACCUUAACUUUGUUGAAGGGGUCGUCCACAGCCACGCAAUGCAGGAUGUCAGACUUCCCAGAAAAUCAGCUCUCAGUACCUCACCUACGAUUCACCUGCAGCUAGGAGUUUUUCUAGCAGCACCUGUUUGUGAAACUAGCCAAUGA